AUGACCUUGUCCAGAGGGCAAAAACUCAGACCUUCUCAUCCGCUCACUCGAUUGACAGCGUAUCUUGAUCACCAGGGAGUUCUUCGCGUUGGCGGACGUCUUAAGUUUGCUCAGCUCGACAAUGAUAGCAAACAUCAAGCUAUCAGUCCGAAGGGGUCUCAGUUUGUACAGCUCAUUAUUCAGGAUGCUCAUCUCAGAACUCUUCAUGGUGGAACGCAGCUCACGCUUGGUCAGCUCAGACGAUCUUACUGGACUGUUGGUGGAAAAGCACCAGUAAAAUCAUUAAUUCUAAAGUGCGUUCCAUGCGCAAGACAGCGAGGAGUCAGAGCUCAACAACUCAUGGGUCUGCUCCCAGUAGUUCGUCUCACUCCUGGCCCUGCAUUUCUCAAUACAGGAAUUGAUUAUGACGGUCCAGUAUCACUCCGCUCAUGGAGAGGACGUGGCCACAAAUCUUGUAAAGGAUGGCUCGCAAUUUUCGUCUGUAUGGAUACGUCCGCGGUUCAUCUCGAAGUGGUUUCAGAUUAUACAUCUGACGACUUCAUGGCAGCGUAUCGUCGUUUUGUCGCUCAGCGCGGGCUCUGUGGGAAUUUGUUCUCACAUUGUGGAACAAAUUUCCUCGGAGAUGGCAAGGAAAUAAAAAACCUCUUCUCAAUGGCGUCCAAGGAAUCGGACCAGCUUGUUCAUCUCUUGCUCAACGACGUGGUAUCCUGCUCGUCACCCAGUUCAACCUUCCAGGCCCAGUCUUCACGAGAGCAGCUCUUCAGGAGACCACCCUCUGACGUAACCACUGGGGCACAGUCUGAGCGUACAACUCGACUCUUCUCGCAACCCCAGAUGGAGUGCGCAGCUUUUAAUCACUACCAACGAGUCCAAACUCUGCCUGAACCUUCUCUGGAUCAAUUGAACAUCGCUCGUUUAACUCGUUGGCCGCUUAUCCGGCAGAAAGUUCAGAGCGUCUGGAAUCGGUGGUCCACUAGCUAUCUCCAGCAUCUCCAGUCCAUAUCUAAGUGGCACCACCCAUCUCACGACAUCAAGAUCGGCUCUAUAGUCCUUCUCACCGAGGAGAGAUUUCCACCAACGAAAUGGCCUCUCGCUAGAGUUAUCGCUCUCCAUCCUGGUAAAGAUGGACUCACCAAGGUGGUAGCCAUCAACACGUCCAGCUCCACUCUUCAGCGGCCCAUCGCUAAGCGCGCCCUGCUACCAAUGUCGAUCAGCGACUUCUGA